AUGAAGGGUUUUACUCUUUUGACUUUCGCCGCUUUUGUUGCGUACGCCAGUGCGAUGGCUAUCAGCGUGACGAAGCGCGACUCAUCCUUGAGUGUUGUACUCACAGCUUCGGGAAACUCUGAGGUCAAGGUGGCUGUCACCAACAAUGGAGACAGGGCCCUCAACCUCUUGAGCAAAGGCACCUUCCUUGACGAGGUGAACCCCGUGGAAAAAGUCUCAAUGUAUCCCUCUGGUGGAACGACGAAAGUACCUUUCGAGGGCAUUAAGCUCCGACUGUUGACGUCCGGCCUAACUACGGAGGAUUUUGUUGCCCUGGGAGUUGGGGAGUCCAAGGAGAUAACAGUGGAGACGGCAGCCCUUCACACUCUUUCUGAAGGAGGCAACUUUGAUGUUUUCGCACAAGGCUACAUCCCCUACGCAGAAGAGGGCUCGACGGAGCUGGCUGGCUCCCUCCCUUAUGAGUCCAACAGGCUUUCCAUGACUGUUGACGGUGCUCUGGCAGCCACCGUCGCCAAAGCUCUCUCCAAGCGCACUGUAAUCGGCUCUAGCUGUUCCGGCUCCAAACUUAAUUCCAUUCGCACUGCGCUAUCCAACUGCCAAAAGCUGGCCAGUUCUGCCGCCAGUGCUGCCAGCUCAGGUACGAAGCUUGAUAUUUACUUCAAGUCAACAAGCAGCAGUACAAAGAACGCGGUUUCCGAACGGCUUCGCGCCGUUGCAUCCGAUUGCGGUAGUUCCGGAUCCGCCACCUCGACGAACUGCAAUGAUCCCUAUGGGGGGUGCUCGUCCAACGUUCUAGCGUACACAGUCCCGUCCCAGAAUUUCAUCACGUAUUGUAACCUCUUUUUCAACGAGCUCCCGGACUUGACGUCUACUUGCCACGGACAGGACAAAGCGACUACUGUCCUCCACGAGGAGACUCAUGCUCCGGGUGUGUAUAGCCCUGGAACUGAUGAUCUUGGGUAUGGCUAUGCUGCCGCAAUGAGGCUAUCCACAAGUCAGGCGCUGAGCAAUGCUGAUUCAUAUGCGCUCUAUGCGAAUGCAAUCCACCUCAACUGCUAA